AUAAUUACACCUAAUUAGUAUGCUUUUUAUUUGUGGUUUUCAACUAGUUUUAUUUUUAACAAUAAAGAAAAUACAUGAAUAAAUUGGGAUGAUAGUAUUCUUUGUGCUGUAGAGAAUGAGAUAUACUUACUUGAUAGCUCUUUUUUUGUGAGUUGAGUUCUUCAAUUAGGCACAAUUUUGACAAUUAGAUGAAAUCGAUUUAGUACUCGAUCAAAUAUCCAGAAUAAGUUUAGUAAAGUUUAGGCAAUAUAGCAGCAGCAUUUGAAAUCUUCCUGUGCAAAUCGUAAACAAUUGUGUGGUCGGUAUCGAUGCGACGUUGUGUCCUGUGUAAUAUUUGGAAUGUGUUCUUACUCCGGCUCGGACGAAAUAUGUGGAAACCUUUAAAAUUCAUUAAUAAUUUAUUAAAGUGUUUUUGUACCCUUCAGAACUUUGGUGUGUAAACUGUUAUUCUGUCAUACACUUUGAACAUUAUUUUUAUACUUACAUGAAUAAUUAAUUUAUAAUUUAUUAUGGUAAUUUAAAUAAUAGUUACUUGCUAGAUCUUUCGAAAAUAUUGUAAAAAAUGACAUACAAAAUGUUUUAAUAUUCAUGGACUACUAUUCAGAAAGUAAAAUGGAUUUCAAGGAAGAUUUAAGUCAAUAUCCGUACCCCCAAAAACUUUGGACAGAUGGAAGACGGGGAGAUCAUUGCGGAUUCAAAGUGCCAAAGAUUCAGACGUUUAGACCUACUAUGGAGGAGUUUAAAGAUUUCAAAAAAUAUAUAGACUAUGUGGAAAGUUGUGGAGCUCAUAAAGCGGGCGUUUGCAAGAUUAUUCCUCCACCAGAAUGGGUUCCACGUAAAUCUGGUUAUGAUUUAGAUCAAAUAGAUAUCACUAUACCAGCGCCUAUUUCACAACUCGUUACUGGUAAACAAGGUCUUUAUCAACAAGUAAAUGUGCAAAAGAAAUCAAUGAAUGUUAAAGCUUUUGCGGAAAUGGCGAAUUCUGAUAGAUUCUCACCACCUUUUCAUAGAGAUAACAAUGACCUAGAACGCAAAUAUUGGAAAAAUUUGACAUACAUUGCACCUAUUUAUGGAGCUGAUGUUAAUGGAUCCUUGACUGAUGAUACCUGUGAUAUAUGGAACAUUAACCGUUUAAAUACGAUAUUAGAUUAUGUUAAUAAAGAUUAUGGUAUAAGCAUCGAUGGUGUUAAUACAGCCUACUUAUAUUUUGGAAUGUGGAAAACUACUUUUGCAUGGCACACUGAAGAUAUGGACUUAUAUUCCAUUAAUUAUCUACAUUUUGGUGAUCCCAAAACAUGGUAUGCCAUUCCCCCACAACAUGGGCGUAGAUUUGAGAAGUUAGCUCGUCAGUACUUCCCAGAGAGUGCAAAAUUGUGUCCUGCUUAUCUCAGACAUAAAAUGACAUUAAUCAGCCCGAAUAUAUUGAAACAAAAUAAUAUUCCUUAUGAUGUGGUGACUCAGUAUUCUGGUGAAAUAAUGAUAACUUUUCCUUUUGGAUAUCAUGCUGGCUUUAAUCAUGGAUUUAAUUGUGCUGAGUCCACUAAUUUUGCGAUGCCAAGAUGGAUAGAAUAUGGAAAAAAAGCAUCACACUGCGUUUGUAGGGAUGAUACCGUAAAAAUUUCUAUGGACACAUUUGUUGAAAGAUUUCAACCUGAACUGUAUAAUGACUGGAAGAAUGGGGUAGACAAUAUUCCUCACCCCGAGGAAACAAUUCGGGAUUUUAAAGUAAAGUGUAAAGAGACUCUGUAUGAAUACGUUGUUAGGAAACGGAAAGAGGCUGGAAUUUUAACUCGCGGAAACGAUUUAUUAGAUGACUUGUACAGGGCUCGAAAAGAUGCUAUGUAUGAUAUGAAUAACCCAUUCUUUGAUGAAGUUACUGGAUAUCAGUUGAAAGCCUUAGAUCCCGAAGAGGACAUGAAUAUUGUUGCAGUGCCAAUGGCAAAUUAUGAUGAUGAGCUUGGUACUUUAGAUGCCCAGGAUGAUAUCUUAUUAUCUGAAUUUGAAAAAAGUAAAAAGAGGAAAUAUCGUAAGCAUGAUGAUUCAGAUUCAGAUGAAGAGUGGACCAUGAAUGGAUCACGAAGAUCCAAGGGCAAAAGAAAGAGCAAGGACAAGAAUGAUAUUAAAAAAAAUGUCAAACAAACGCCUGUUAAAAAAAGAGGUCGAGCUACGCCCAAGAAAACUGCAAAUGACACUAAAAAUGUGAAAAAAAUAUCGCAGGAAAAAGAAUUAGAUUUUCCUGAAGAUACCUAUUCUAGCACUGAAUCUCUACAUGGAUCACAUGUUACUUAUGAAGAAGACAAUUGGAAUACAGAUUUACCAGCGGUUGAAUGGUUAACAGACACAUAUAGUAUAACAAAUAUAAUGCAGAUUCCAAAAGAUGAAAGACCUAAUUUCAUUGUUACUGAUGAGGAUGUAUUCAAUGUCUCACCUGGUAAAAAUCAUAAUGAUAACAAUUUUUCACCGGAUUCAAACAGUAGCAACAAGCAGUCAUCAGCUACAGGCCGAACUUGCUCUUUAAAAACAUAUGUAGAUAAACCAUCUACAAUACCAUGCUCAGAAAUUUCUCAACAUUUAGGCUCAAAUAGUAUUUUGAGCUGUCCAAGCAAAUUUGACUCAAAUAAAACGAAUAGUGACGUUUCAAGGAGAACACUGAACAAAAGGAAAACUCCAGUCAAACGCAAAAUGCAAGAAGAUUACAUACAUAAUUCAGCUAAGGACAGUUAUGAAAACACUCCACCGAUUUUAGAGAAGGAAGUAUCUAAUGCCGAUCAGAUGAAUUUGCUGUGUAGACCACCUAGUAAAAUUUCACCAGAAAUGGCUGAUCCAUUAUGGAUAUCUCCAAAGCAUGCUAAGUCAGCUGAAAUGAUCAUUGAGGAAGACAUGAAAUUAGAGUCAGUUGCAAUGAACGAUAAUGAGUGUGAUCUAUAUAUGAAUACAGAUAUGGGAGAUCUUUCCAAAUCUGUGUUGACUUCUAAUAGUGAUAAAGAAAGCAAUCAUUUCAGUAAUUAUGUGACGAUCAAAAAUGAAUAUGACCAACCUACUGUUCCUUUUGAGGCGAUUGAACCUGCUAGAAAAGUAGUUAAAGUUGAUCUUGGUGGGAAUAAAGAAUUUUGCUUCCCUCCUAUGCUUAUGGAAGUGAACGUCACUGAGCAAACUAUCGACAAAAAUCUUAAUCCUAUUAAAAAUGAAGAAAUGAAUGUAACUGACCAAGCGAUUGCAUGUAAUCCGAAUCCUAUUAAAAUUAAGAUCGAAAAUGAGGAUAUCAAUGUUAUUGAGCAACCAAUGGAAAGUACAAAUAAUCCUAUUAAAAUUGAGAGGAUAAAUGUUACUGAGCAACCUGCUGAUGAGAGUAACCUUAAUCCCAUUGAAAUUGAGAUAAAAAAUGAUGAUACAAUUGAUGUUAAUGAGCUAGCUAUUGAAAGUGAUCUCAGUUUCCUUAGAGUUGAUAUUAAAAAUGAGGAAUCAACUGCUAAUGCUGAGCUAAAUAUUGAGAGUAAUCUCAAUUCAAUUAAAAUUCUGAUUAAAACGGGGGAAACAAUUGUUACAGAGCAGCAACCUAUUGAAAAUAAUAACAAUCCCAUUGAAAUUGAGAUCAAAGAUGAGAAUACAACUGUUACUAAGUUAGCUAUUAAAAGUACUCUCAAUCCAAUGAAAAUUGACAUUAAAAUUGAGAAAACAAACAUUACUGAGCUACCUAUUGAAGGUCUCAAUUCCAUUAAAAUUGAUAUUCAAGUUGAGACAAAAAAUGUGAAUGAGCAACCCGUUGUUAGUAAUCAAGGGAAUUCCAUUAAAAUUGAGACAGCAAAUGGUAAUGAGCCAGCCUUUGUAAGUAAUCAAGGGAAUCCCAUUAAAAUUGAGACAGCAAAUGGUAAUGAGCCAGCCUUUGUAAGUAAUCAAGGGAAUCCCAUUAAAAUUGAGACAGCAAAUGGUAAUGAGCCAGCCUUUGUAAGUAAUCAAGGGAAUCCCAUUAAAAUUGAGACAGCAAAUGGUAAUGAGCCAGCCUUUGUAAGUAAUCAAGGGAAUCCCAUUAAAAUUGAGACCGCAAAUGGUAAUGAGCCAGCCUUUGUAAGUAAUCAAGGGAAUCCCAUUAAAAUUGAGACAGCAAAUGGUAAUGAGCCAGCCUUUGUAAGUAAUCAAGGGAAUCCCAUUAAAAUUGAGACAGCAAAUGGUAAUGAGCCAGCCUUUGUAAGUAAUCAAGGGAAUCCCAUUAAAAUUGAGACAGCAAAUGGUAAUGAGCCAGCCUUUGUAAGUAAUCAAGGGAAUCCCAUUAAAAUUGAGACAGCAAAUGGUAAUGAGCCAGCCUUUGUAAGUAAUCAAGGGAAUCCCAUUAAAAUUGAGACAGCAAAUGGUAAUGAGCCAGCCUUUGCAAGUAAUCAAGGGAAUCCCAUUAAAAUUGAGACAGCAAAUGGUAAUGAGCCAGCCUUUGUAAGUAAUCAAGGGAAUCCCAUUAAAAUUGAGACAGCAAAUGGUAAUGAGCCAGCCUUUGUAAGUAAUCAAGGGAAUCCCAUUAAAAUUGAGACAGCAAAUGGUAAUGAGCCAGCCUUUGUAAGUAAUCAAGGGAAUCCCAUUAAAAUUGAGACAGCAAAUGGUAAUGAGCCAGCCUUUGUAAGUAAUCAAGGGAAUCCCAUUAAAAUUGAGACAGCAAAUGGUAAUGAGCCAGCCUUUGUAAGUAAUCAAGGGAAUCCCAUUAAAAUUGAGACAGCAAAUGGUAAUGAGCCAGCCUUUGUAAGUAAUCAAGGGAAUCCCAUUAAAAUUGAGACAGCAAAUGGUAAUGAGCCAGCCUUUGUAAGUAAUCAAGGGAAUCCCAUUAAAAUUGAGACAGCAAAUGGUAAUGAGCCAGUCUUUGUAAGUAAUCAAGGGAAUCCCAUUAAAAUUGAGACAGCAAAUGGUAAUGAGCUAGCCUUUGUAAGUAAUCAAGGGAAUCCCAUUAAAAUUGAGACAGCAAAUGAUAAUGAGCCAGCCUUUGUAAGUAAUCAAGGGAAUCCCAUUAAAAUUGAGGUACCCGAUAAUGCAGUUGUUUCGGAUAUUGACUCUAUAAGUGAGAAUUCUAAUAUGGAGUUUGAACAGAUAUCAGAAAGCAUAAAUGACAAUAAUUAUAACAGUGAAGAAGCUAAUGAUUUAGAUGAAAUUAUUGCGAGACAACCUGUUGUUUUCCUGAAUGACCCAAGCAUUAACCAAGAAGAGUUGUUCGACAAAUUUUAUGCACAAGUUAUUAAUUUUUUGUAA